AUGAUACACUUUUUUUUGACUAUUUAUGUUGAUGAUUUUCUUUUUAUUGGAAAAAAUGAAAGUGUAAUUGAUAAAUGUGUUAAUAAAUUAAAAGAAAAAUUAACGUUAAAAUAUUAUGGAAUAAUCAAAGAAAAUGAACGAAGAAAGUUUACUGGAUAUCAUAUUAGUCGUGUCAAUGGAGCUAUUCAAUUAGACAUGAUUGAAAAAAUUGAAGAACUUUUGCGUCAAUAUCCAAAUAUUCAAGAAUCAAAAACACCUUUUUACGAAAAUCUGAACUGGAUGAAUCUGAAAGUUUAA